AUGGGGCUUGCUUCUCUCUUCGAUCUCUUCUCCAUUACUCACGUCCGUCUCCUUCUAUUCUUGACUCUCUCCAUUCACCCACCUGCCUUGUACCAAGCACCACCAUCGGCCGCCAGUCUUGACCUAUUCCUCAGCAAGAUGACGACCCUCCGCCACCCCCAGCAGUUCUCCUUCACUGCUACGGCCGAUUUCCCAGUCUUCGUCAUGGGAUGCCCGUAUCCAGACCAGCUUCUCCUUCACAUCGUUCCCGCCCAGCCCGUCACCCUUGCGGCGUCCACAGCACAGUGCAAGGACAGCGCUCUUGACGGAAUCUCUGCUGAGGACGAGCCGGCACCAGCACCCUCUGCCCAGGUGCGUGCACCGUCACCGCCAUUAACAGCCCUGCAGCCAAGCAAGAAACGCCGUCGCACACGCCAUCAGACCCCAGUCGCGCACAAGUCGUCCUCAUCAACCACGUCCAGGAGUGCUGCCACGGCCGUUCCUCCGAGCACUGAAGCCACCAACCCAGUCUUCCACCUCAGUCCCAGUUCUCCGGCUCGUCCUCCCACCCAGGCCCGCCGCCGUGUUUCCUCUCACCGCCUCCGCGUCCCUUCCACCAGGUCUCACCCCGCUAGCAACACCCAACUGAUGGCGCGGAACGACCGGCCGGCGUUGGGCGCCAUGAGGACAAACUAUGAAAAUGUCUCCAUCGGGCGCUGCACAGAUAACUCGCACUGA